UGGAAUAGUCGAUAGCAGAUCGAGUCGACCAGUGUUCAGCGUGUUGUUGCAGCGUCAUCCUGUUUGAAUGAAGUUCUGACUACAAGAACGGAGGCAACUACGUUCGCGCCCCGGUGGAUAUAAAAAAAGGAAAUAGGGUUGAGGUGGGAAAAAAGGUGUCCAAAUAUGCCGGUGUUUACAGUGAAUGUGAAAUGGGGCAAGGAGAAGUUUGAUGCAGUUGAGCUCAAUACCGAGGAGCCACCCAUGGUUUUUAAGGCUCAGCUCUUUGCCCUGACAGGAGUUCAACCUGAGAGACAGAAGGUCAUGGUGAAGGGAGGCACUCUAAAGGAUGAUGAAUGGGGAAACAUCAAACUGAAAAAUGGAAUGACACUGUUGAUGAUGGGCUCUGCAGAUGCUCUGCCUGAAGAGCCUGCUGUCCGGCCCAUGUUCGUAGAGGACAUGACUGAGGAGCAGCUGGCAUCAGCUAUGGAGCUGCCUUGUGGGCUAACAAACUUGGGUAACACCUGUUAUAUGAAUGCUACAGUGCAGUGUCUGCGCUCUGUGCCAGAGCUUAAAUCUUCCCUUAAAAGGUAUUCAGGUGCACUGCGACCCUCAGGGGCAAAUGCACCAUCCCAGUACAUCACAGCAGCCCUUCGUGACUUAUAUGAGACCAUGGACAAGACUUCCUCUAGCCUUCCACCCAUCAUCUUACUCCAGUUCCUUCACAUGGCCUUUCCACAGUUUGCUGAAAAGGGAGACCAGGGACAGUAUCUCCAGCAGGAUGCCAAUGAGUGCUGGCUGCAAAUGAUGAGAGUCCUUCAACAGAAGUUGGAGCCUCUAGAGCCAGAAACUCCGAUGGAGACUGAUUCUGAAAGCGGAGCUGCUUCUGCUUCUACAAAGAACUUUAUUGACCAGUAUUUCGGUGUGGAAUAUGAAACCACAAUGAAAUGUACAGAGUCUGAAGAGGAAGAGCCCACCAAGGGCAAGGAGAGCCAGCUCCAGCUCAGCUGCUUCAUCAACCAAGAGGUCAAGUACCUGGCCACAGGACUAAGGCUGAGACUGCAAGAAGAAAUCACAAAAUUGUCUCCAUCCUUGGACAGAAAUGCCCUAUAUAUAAAAUCUUCAAAACUCAGCCGUCUCCCUGCCUACCUGACAAUUCAGAUGGUUCGUUUUUUCUACAAAGAAAAAGAGUCUGUCAAUGCCAAAGUCCUUAAGGAUGUCAAGUUUCCCCUCAUACUGGAUGUCUAUGAGCUGUGCACCACUGAGCUGCAAGAGAAAAUGUUGCCUGUCAGGUCAAAAUUCAAGGAGAUGGAAGACAAAAAGCUAGAGCAAAAUCAAAAGAAGUUGGUGAAGAAGCCAGGUACAGGGAAAGAAGUGAAAUACGAGCCUUUCUCAUUCGCUGAUGACCUUGGUUCCAACAACAGCGGCUACUAUGACCUGCAGGCAGUGCUGACGCACCAGGGCCGCUCCAGCUCCUCAGGUCACUACGUGGGGUGGGUCAAGAGGAAAGAAGAUGAAUGGGUUAAGUUUGACGAUGACAAGGUGAGUGUGGUUUCUCCAGAGGAUAUCUUGCGACUGUCUGGCGGUGGAGACUGGCAUAUAGCGUACGUUCUGCUCUACGGCCCCCGACGACUGGAAGUACUUGAAGAGGGACAGUAGCCACAGAGGUCAAAUAAGAAAAAUACAACAUCCAACACAUAAUUUGCCAUUUCCAAGCACUGUCUGCAUAGAUGUGCAAUAAAUUUGGGUGACUUUAAAGUUUUAAUGACUUUUAUUUUUUUCAUUUUUUUGUAACUGACACAUGCUUGUAAAACAAAUUGUCAAAUGGAGUUAGGUAUUCUACUAGAGCAAGAUUUGCAAAUUUUAAGAGGCAAUCUCUGGACUGGAUCCUUGAAAAGAGGUUUGAAGUCUUAGCCCUGCAGUUUCAUUAAAUGUUUUGUACACAUUGUAUGUUUUUUAAAGCCUUUGAGGAGGUGCUCAUGUCAUAGAAGCAAAGUAUUGCUUUGUAAUCAACUUGUAAAGAAAUUCUUGGCCAAGUAAUUGUCCUUGGAGACAUUCUGGCUUGUAUCUUUCUUAGUCACUUGUAUCAUGGAUUUCUUAUUUUUUGCUAGUAAGAUCACACUCUUGUUCACUGGUCGACCCUCUGGUUAAGUUGGGCUUUUGUUCACUAGUCGACGCUCUGGUUAAGUUGGGCUUCAAUCUCAGGUCUUUUUUUCUUUUGAGUCGGUAUUCCUGGCUUGCAUCAUCUCCUGGAAUUUUUCCACAAUGACAGGGAUGACGUCCUUCCCUCAAUUCUUCUUCAAUGCUGUUUUUGGGGGAAAUGAGUGUAGGCUGACUUAAAGCGGAGAGCCGUUUGCGGUUAAAUGAGCGCAAGACUUGAGAUCCAACCAAGGUUUGAUAAGCCUUAUGUAUUAUUGUCGAUGUUGGAAUUGACUUCAGAGUUUUUGAAUUUAUGCUCUGACAUGCUAUGCUUCACUUUUUCAUGCAAUUUCCCCGCCACACUGUAAAACCUCAAACCAUCAACACACUCUGUAAUAAGUUAUUGACUGAUGGCUUUUCAUAGAUGGUUAAAAUAAACUUAUACCCA